UGGAGAAAAAUAAUCAAAAAGUAAUUAUCAGUUGUCAUAAAAAGUUGGCUUCUCAACACAAUGUAGUUCAUGGCAUUCACUUGUUCAUUUAUAACGUAACUCACUGAUGCAGAUUUUUUAAAAAUUAAUAAAUCUGAAUGUUGUUCAUUAUUGAGUUAUUCCCGAUCAUUGAAAUCAAAACUAAUUAAAAACUCUUAGUUAACAUUCAUCUCGAAACAUGUCUUUUAUCCGUGCACUUUCAAACAUAACUUGAUAAUGUUGCUUGUGCAACCAUCUGCGAAAAUUUGCGUAAACUUUAAGCUAGGAUGAAGGUUUAUAUAUUGCGUUUGCAAUAACUAUUAUCAUUUCGAAAGCUACCGUUAUGGUGAAGUUAUUUCAGUUUCGCAAUGUUAUUCUAUGGCUGACACUGCUGUCGUUGUCAUGCCGACUGGAUGCCGGUCAGGGUGUGAAGGCGACUCGUUCAAAGUUCAAUGCCGCCGUCAUCCAAGCGGCAGUCGGGGUGGACGCGAGGAUUGCCGAGGCAGACAGACUUGACAAGAGCGCAUUUGAUGAAGGCACAGACCGAGUAAUACCCGGUCGGAAGGAUUCUUCAGGGCCACAUCUGCUGACUUCCGCUACCGCAAAUGGGAUCGGUCGGAUGGGUCGGGCCUUCCUAGAGAUCGCCAGAAAUAUUAUAAGCAGCAUGAAAAUUCAUCCUGAAGACGCUGGUCGGCAGAUAACCGCCGCUAGGAUCACGCCGCCGAAGGCCCUGCACUGUCCUUUCCAAAAACCCAACUGUGACCGUUCAGUGAAGUUCCGGACGAUAGAUGGAUCUUGUAAUAACGUGGCCAAUCCCCUGUGGGGGAGAUCGCAGACGCCUUUUGAGAGAUUAUUGUUGCGUCAUGCAAAGGCCAACUUGGAUUGCUGCACGAAGCCAAAGAGGCCAGGUUGCUUCCCAAUAGAUAUCCCACCGAAUGACCCUUUCUUCCCGCCAAAUCGCACGUGCAUCAACAUGGUUCGAGCUCUACCAACAACUCCACUUGACUGCACCAUAAGUGUCCGUCAGCAGUUGAACACAGAUCACCCACUACCUGAUGGCUCGCCCAUCUAUGGCUCCUCGGACGACGAGAUCCGUGACCUCCGCACUCUCACUGGAGGCUACGACGCGAGCGAGCAGCCAAUGGUACGGAGCGCAUUUGUCGACGGCGGCCUACCGUUUGGCCACAGCCUCAUCUGGCAGGAGAGUGCUUGCCCCAAUGGCGCCAUCAAGGUGUCCGAUCGCCUCCUCAAAGAACGAGUUCCUGAUCCGACCUCGUCUAUACGCGGGGUUCACCUGUUUGAGCGGAAAGGGUUUUCGGCGGGGACCUCGCUGCAACAAAUAUCCAACGGGGCGGACUAUGCCAUCCCUGGCUACCAGCUUAUCGUCGCCUCUGUGAACUUCACGGCCAUUCUCUCACACACGGAUUUGUACAGCGAAAGCUCAACGAUAUCUACAGGUUAUAGUGCCGGUAAAGCAGCACACACAACAGAUUCAGUAACUGGUAGAUCGGCAAAAUCGUUUAGGUCCAGGAACUUCCCAAAGCACAAGAGGAAGGUGAAGAAUGACGAUGAUACGAUUGCUCGUUUGAGGAAGACGAAGAACUUGUCGACGGCCUGCGGAAUAAGCUCAUUAUUACUCGGACGCGUUAACGUGAUUGUAGGUCAACUAGGCUUUCCGUUCUUGUAUGUUUCAGGUGUCCGUCAGCAGUUGAACCAGAUCACCCACUACCUUGAUGGCUCGGCCAUCUAUGGCUCCUCGGACGACGAGAUCCGUGACCUCCGCACUCUCACUGGAGGUCUUCUUAAGACGAGCUCCAACAACCUGUUACCGACUGCGCCUACGACCGGAACUGGCUGUAUUCUGACCACCUCGACAAGGCCGUGCUUCAAGGCUGGGGACGUCCGUGUGAACCAGCAGCCGAUGCUGAUGUCUAUGCACACGGUCUGGGUGCGGGAACACAACCGCCUUGCGCGCGGCCUCGCGCUCCUCAAUCCAACCUGGGACGACGAGCGACUCUUCCAGGAGGCACGCAGAAUCUUGGGCGCCGAGCUCCAGCACAUCACAUACAACGAGUUUCUUCCGGCAAUACUGGGGCGCAGAGUUAUGACAAAAUACGGAUUGAAGCCACUUUCAAACGGUUAUUUUAAUGGCUACGACGCGAGCGAGCAGCCAAUGGUACGGAGCGCAUUUGCGACGGCGGCCUACCGGUUUGGCCACAGCCUCAUCUGGCAGAGAGUGCUUGCCCACAAUGGCGCCAUCAAGGUGUCCGAUCGCCUCCUCAAAGACGAGUUCCUGAAGCCCGACCUCGUCUAUACGCGGGGUGUCGGGGACAUUUGUCGGGGCCUCACACGUUCACCGGUGGAAAAGGUGGACAAAUCGCUCACUGAACAGAUAACAAAUCACCUGUUUGAGCGGGAAAGAGGUUUCGGCGGGGACCUCGCUGCAACAAAUAUCCAACGGGGGCGGGACUAUGCCAUCCCUGGCUACCAGGCUUAUCGUCGCCUCUGUGAACUUCACGGCCAAUUCUCUCACACACGGAUUGUACAGCGAAAGCUCAACGAUAUCUACAGGUCACCAGAGGACAUUGAUCUGUUUCCCGGUGGCGUGUCUGAAAUCCCCGUCAACGGGGGAAAGGUUGGCCCGACCUUUGCCUGCCUCAUUGGACGCCAGUUUAAAUCACUAAAGAAUGGAGACAGAUUCUACUAUGAAAACAGCGGCGACACCGCAUUCUCAGGGAACCAGCUGCAGGAAAUUAGGAAGGUUACGCUCGCUUCCCUCUUUUGUGCUAAUACAGACAUUGGUACCAUACAGCCGUCUGCAUUGAAAAGCAUCCGGCGAGGAAACACUCUUGUCAACUGCAAUAACAUUCCGCACUUAGACCUAAAUCCCUGGCGGGCGACCGGCUGUGUCCCUGUAAACGGCGGCUACUCGGCCUGGGAGCGAACGCGCUGUUUUGGGACAUGGCGGAUCAGGUAUCGGAUUUGUAACAAUCCUCUGCCAAACGAGUGCGGCAAAUCAUGUCCACGUCAGUUUGAAAUCCAAAUAGAAACGUGCGGUAUCCGUCGGCCUGGUUUUCGACGGGGCAACGCUGGUCCCCCAGAUGUAGCCAUGGUAAGCGCAGAGGUGUCACGGCUGUCGGGGGAAGGAUUUCCGCUAUUGACGGAUCACUUAUGACGACAGCCAUGAGAGGUUUUCGGCAUUUUUAAAAUAUAUAUAUUUAUAUAUAUAUAUAUAUAUGUCCUGUAAAAUUCUUUGACAUUCAUCAAUUUUAAUGUAUUGUGUAUGUAUUGAUUUUGAAUAAAAUUGACCUUCUUGAUCAA